AUGAAAUUCAAAUUCAGUAAGGUGCAACGGCUACUUUUCUCCACUUCUGCCCAGCCCUCCUUGCUAUCCUACGCCGAGCUAAAUGCCAAUUGCUAUUGCAGCGGCGAAGCGGCCAUCAUCAACCUCUGCAAGCAGAAGAACUUCGAAGAUGCCAUUUCUGUCUUCUACUCCCUUGAAUCCAAAACUCUCGGCCGCAGCACUUACGCUAAUCUCUUUGUGGCCUGCGCCCAGCUCAAGUCUAUCCACCAUGGCCGCCUUGUUCACCGCCACCUCUUUUCUUCCAAUGUCAUCCCUGAUGUCAUCCUCCACAACCAUAUCCUCAUCAUGUAUGGAAAAUGUGGGGCCAUGGAUGACGCCAGCCAGCUGUUUGACACUAUGCGCGAAAGGAAUGUUGUUUCUUGGACUUCCAUGAUUUCUGGGUAUUCCCAGAGCAAUAGAGAAACGGAAGCUGUGGAGCUGUACCGGGGAAUGCUUCAGAAAGGCUUGGUUCCGGAUGAUUUCUCUUUAGGAAGCCUGAUUCGAUCUUCUUCAGGCCUAUUUGAUGGAGAGUUAGGAAUGCAGGUGCAUUCCCAUGUCAUAAAGCUGGGUUAUGGGUCUGAUGUUACUGUUCUGAAUGCACUCGUAACAAUGUAUUCGAAAACAGAGAGAAUUAGCGAUGCAUUUGUAGUGUUUCAGAGGAAUACAGAGAAGGAUUUAAUCUCUUGGGGAUCAAUGAUUGCUGGAUUUGCUCAGCAAGGUCAUGAAUUUGAAGCAUUGCACCUUUUCGGGGAAAUGAUUGGUGCAGGGGUUCAUAGGCCUAACGAGUUUCAUUUUGGGAGUGCUUUUAGUGCUUGUGGAAAUCUAAAUCUAUUGAAGUAUGGGGAACAGAUUCACAGUUUAUGUACAAAGUUUGGGCUUGAAAAAAACUCAUUUGCUGGUUGUUCUUUGAGUGGCAUGUAUUCAAGGUGUGGAAACUUGAAUUGCGCAAGGAAAUCAUUCUACCUGCUGGAGGAGCCUGAUUUAGUUUCAUGGAAUUCAGUAAUAGGUGCAUUUUCUUCUGGAGGUUUUGCCGAUGAAGCUAUUCAUCUUUUCUCAGAGAUGAGACUUUCAGGUUUGGAACCAGAUGAUAUUACCAUUCAGUGCUUGCUUUCAGCUUGCACUAUUCCCCAAUCUCUAUUUCAAGGCCAGUUAAUCCAUGCUUACUUAUUCAAGAUGAGUUUUUGCAGAAGUACCGCAGCCUUUAAUGCCCUUCUAAACAUGUAUGCAAAAUGUUCAGACCUGAAUACUGCAAUGAAUCUUUUUGAAGAGAUGAACAAAACUCGCAAUUCUGUUUCCUGGAACACAAUUUUAACUGCAUGUUUACAGCACCAGCAACCACGUGAGAUUUUCAGAUUAUCUGCACUCAUGAGAAGUUCAAACUUUGAAUUUGAUAAUAUAACUUUAAAUAGUAUAUUGAGUGCUGCUGCUGAUUUAGCUUGCCUGGACAUGGGAAAUCAAGCACACUGUGUUGCUCUGAGGACUGGAUUUGUAGAUUCUCUGAUGGUUAGGAAUGGCUUGAUUAAUAUGUACGCUAAAUGUGGAAACUUAAGCCUUGCAGGAAAGUUAUUUGAGUUGACAGGUAGUCAUUGUGAUGUUUUCUCGUGGAGCAGUUUGAUUGUAGGCUACGCACAGUUUGGCCAUGGAAGGGAAUCUCUUGAGCUUUUCAAGAGAAUGCAGAACUCUGGCAUUCAGCCAAAUCAUGUUACAUUUGUGGGGGUUCUCACAGCCUGUAGUCAUAUUGGGCUCGUAGACGAAGGGCUAUAUUACUACGACAUGAUGAGCACCAUUUAUGCUAUUCGUCCCACGCGAGAACAUUGUUCGUGCAUGGUUGAUCUGCUCGCUCGAGCCGGUAGAUUAAGUGAGGCUGAAAGCUUCAUUAACGAGAUGCCAAUUGAACCAGAUGUGAUAAUGUGGAAGACUUUGUUGGCUGCCUGUAAAGUUCAAAAUAAUGUGGAUAUUGGGAGAAGAGCGGCUGAGAGUGUUCUGUGCAUUGACCCCUACAAUUCUGCAGCUUAUGUUCUGUUGUGUGGUAUUUAUGCUACUUCUGGUCGUUGGGAUGAUUUGGCGGAGCUGCGAAGAUUAAUGAAGAGUUAUGGAGUGAAGAAAUCUGCUGGGAAGAGCUGGAUUGAGGUCAGAGGAGAAAUGAGUGGCUUCAUUGUGGAAGACAGAAGACAUCGAAGAGCAGAAGAUAUAUAUGGAAUGUUGGAAGUUUUAGAUUUUGAUAUGAGGCUUUAUAACAAAAAUAUGUUAGACUGAAUUUCUCUGACUCGCAUUUUGGACUACCAGCAGCCUAGACAACCAGCAGCUUGGACGACAUGUGAUCUAAACAACUAGCAGCUUGGAUGACCCGCAGCCUGGAUAGCCCGUAGCCUGAACAACCCACAGCAUGCACGACCGGCUGUCCGAACGACCCGUAGUCUGGACAAUCCGCCACAUGGAAGGCCCGUAACCUGGACGACCCACAACCUAGACAACGAGCAGUCUAAACAACCUUUAGCCUUGGCGACCAACAGCCUAGACGACCAACAACUUACAACCCGCAACUUGAUGACCCGCAGCCUGCAUAACCAGCAGCUUGGACAGGCUCGUAAAUGCAAAAUUUCAGAAACACCCCUAGCAAACCCCCUUAUUAUAAGGCUAGACACUAAGGGAUAUCAAACAAUUGAAAAUUCCAUCAAAUUUAAUCAUUUAUAGCUCUGUAUUUUUUUCUAUAGCAUUUGAGCGCAUUUAAUUA